CCAAAAAAUUUUCUUGUUUUUUCCUUCACUCACUUCACUUUCACCUUUGAUCAUGUCUUGUUUGCUAAUGCUAAUGUGCCGCUCUACAGAUACAGACAUUCAAAACCUAAGAAGAACUAUGUCAAGACGGCGGCCACAUGCCAGCAAAGGCACGUCAAUUUCUGAUUCUUAAAACAACAGAGCACAAUUGAAGCUUCUUUUUUCUGUUGUUGAACAGGCAAAAGUAGAAGGAAAGGGAAAGGCCCUUCAUCUCUGCCUGAAAAUGUCCAAAUCUUCUUGUCACCAGACACGCUACCCCUAAUUAACUACCAAUUGUUGCAGUAUAUUAUUGUUAUAGUAGCAUAUUGAUAUCUGUACUAUAAGCAUAAUUUUAUGCUGGAUCGAGAACAAGAUGUCCUUCCGGAGCACUUGUCUUGUCUCUUUUGUAGUCUAGCCAUAUGACCCCAUUUUGUCGAAUCUCUCCCAAAAACUAGUUUCAUAUUUCUUCUUCAAUUCCAAAGAUUCAUUAUCAUCAUUCCCGCACACGGGACGGGAGGAGCCGGUAGGGAUGGGCAUAUCUACUAAUUUCUUGAGCCUACUGCCCUCUCUCUGGCCAUCUUUUUCCUUGUUCCUCCUCCUCCUAUUCAUGUCGAACUUUUCUUUCCUAAUUGCCUUAGCUAAUACCACUACAACAACAACAAGCACUAGUAUGACUUCUACUGCAUACUAUGAUGACGGGGAAAGUAGUGGAAAUUCCCCAACCCCACUUGCUCCACCACCCCAACUUUCAUUCAGAACAAAGGGAUCCCCAUUCAGGCCUAGCAUAGCAGUGAUAGUAGGAGUUCUCACCACCGUUUUCUCAGUAACAUUUCUAUUACUCCUCUACGCUAAGCACUGCAGGAGAGGAGGGGAUAACAGCCCCUUAUCCAGCACCUCCAGAAUAGGAUAUCCCGCGAUUGCUGCUCGGAAAAACUCCGGCAUAGACAGGGCCGUGAUUGAAUCGCUCCCUGUUUUCCGUUUCGCGUCCUUAAGGGGUCAAAAAGACGGGCUAGAGUGCGCUGUUUGCCUGAACAAAUUCGAACACACCGAAGUUCUUAGACUUUUGCCAAAAUGUAAACAUGCAUUUCACGUCGAGUGCGUGGAUACUUGGCUGGAUGCCCACUCCACUUGCCCUCUCUGCCGCUAUCGGGUCGACCCGGAAGACAUCUUGCUGGUGGAAGAUAAUAGAGUCUUGUAUCAGAACGAUACCCCGCCGUUGAAGUCCUCAUCAGUGAACCAUCCCACACCGGAGUUAGGCAGCAUUUCCCGGGUGUCCGGGAGACAUUCUUUCGCUGGGAAUUCGUUGGAAGUGAUUGCGGAAACACCCAGGGGUGGUGACGCGGCGGCGACGUCGUUUGGGGCGAGAAGGUCUCUGGACAGCUGGAAUUCUAGGAAGAAACGAAACAGCGAGAUGGUGGGAGUUGGUUGCUUUGACCGUCCCAGAAAAGACGAGCUGUUGUUGGGGGAUAAGACAAGCGGGAGCGGGAGUGGGGCGGAACAAAGGCGGCUAGAGCACCGGAUCAUAAUUUCCGGGGGAAGAACGGAAGUAGAAACAGCAGAUGGGCCCAACCAUAGGUGGAGCGACGUACAGCCGUCGGAUUUGCUGUUUCUGCGGUCGGAAAUGAUUUUGGGUGACAGCCGUCGAUUCUCGGGGUCCAGAGGAUCGAGGCCGUCGUUUUCGAGUAGUAGCUUUGGCUGUGGGGAAAUUAAUGCAGGGAAGAGUAGUAAUAAUAGUAGUAGUGGUGGUCGUGGUGGUGGCAGGAAUGUAAUAAAUACGAGAAGCGUGUCGGAAAUCACGGGGAUGAGUAGGUUUAGGAGUAAUGAAGACGAGCAACAGCAUCAGCAGCAGCAGCGGCUGCAAAGACAACAACGACAGGCAGGAGCUGUAUCGAGGUGGAUGGCUUGGGUUUCUCAAUCUCAAAAUCAGCAACAUCACCAUAACCACCACCACCACCACCAUCAGCCAGCUGCACAUAGAACAAGUUCGUCAUCGUCUGUUAAUGCUGUUUAGCUGCAGUCAUUAGUCAGGGAGUACUUAGUAAUAGUAAUUCCUAUGUAGUAUUUGAUCUUUUUCUUUCUUGGGGGGUUUUUUUUUCUUUUGGGACACUAGACACACGCAAUAGGUUUUUUUUGGGGUGGAAAAUGAAAAUGGUGGUGUAGCUGAAAUUGUAAAAAAUGUUCGAUGUCGGAAUGUAUUACCAAAAUGGGCUGACAUGUUAAACGACCGAAGGGGGAAAAAGAUCAAUAGAUUUGGGGUAUAUUCUUCUA